AGGUGAGUUCUAUUUUCUCGUGAAUUCUUUGACGAAUGUCACCUUUAUCUUUUCCUUGGGAAAUCGGAUGUAAAUCUUGAUUUUGUUUUGAGCGCUCCAGGUUUUUCCUGUCAUGACUGGGACAGGAAUUUUCUCACGGGUUGUCAGGUUUAGGAAGUUUUUCUCAUCCAAUUUAGGUCUGAGACAUGUGCGAAUGAUUUGUGUUCAAACAAUAAAGUUCACCAUGCCUAACCAUACGUUGGAAAGUUCACCUAACGCUGUCUUAAAUAAGGCAGUGUUACACAAUUACAUGACACUCCCAAUUCCUGAUGGUAAAGUGCAAGCAACAUACAUUUGGGUGGAUGGAUCUGGUGAAGGAGUUAGAGGAAAAACCCGCACUUUGGAUUUUGUACCAUCUAAACCAGAAGAAUUACCUAUUUGGAAUUUUGAUGGAAGUUCGACAGGCCAAGCUGAAGGCCAUAAUUCUGAUGUCUACCUUUAUCCAGUAGCCAUCUUCAAGGAUCCUUUCCUCAGGGGUAACAACAGAUUAAUUAUGUGCGAGACCUACAAGUACAACAAGAAGCCAUGUGAAACCAACAAACGUCACACCUGCGCGCAAGCCAUGGAAGCAGCUAAAGACUCGAAACCAUGGUUUGGAAUCGAACAGGAAUACACACUCCUCGACAUGGAUAAGAGACCUUUGGGCUGGCCAAAGAACGGCUUCCCAGGUCCCCAAGGACCUUACUACUGCGGCGUUGGAGCCGACAAAGUCUAUGCCAGAGACAUUGUUGAGGCUCACUAUAGAGCCUGCCUUUACGCCGGCAUCAACGUUUCUGGUACCAACGCUGAGGUUAUGCCUGCACAGUGGGAAUACCAAGUUGGACCCUGCGAAGGCAUCUCCAUAGGUGAUGAACUCUGGAUGUCUAGGUACAUCUUGCACAGAGUCGCCGAAGAUUUUGGUGUAGUGGUGACCUUCGAUCCUAAGCCAAUGGAGGGAGACUGGAACGGUGCAGGUGCCCAUACAAACUUUUCCACCAAGGCCAUGAGGGAAGAUAAUGGAAUCAUAGAAAUCGAGAAAGCCAUCGACAAAUUGAGCAGAACGCAUCUCAGACAUAUCCAGGUCUAUGACCCCAAGAAAGGAAAAGACAACGAAAGACGUCUCACUGGAAAGCAUGAAACCUCUUCCAUUCACGAUUUUAGUGCUGGUGUUGCCAAUCGUGGUGCCAGUAUACGUAUACCUCGUGGUUGUGCUGAAGACAGGAAGGGUUAUUUGGAAGACAGAAGGCCUGCGUCCAACUGUGAUCCCUACUCUGUUGCUGAGGCUAUAGUUCGAACAACCAUCCUGAACGAAUAGACGUUUACAGCGUUCUGAAGGACCUAAAAGCACUUCAACACAAACUAACCGAUAUAGAGAUAUAUUUACCUGUUUUGAUAAAAAAAAAUUCCGAAAACUGCCUCAGUUUCUGUUUAUAGAUAAGCGUUAGAUAUCACAAGCACAAGGUGAUUUAAAACCGUUUAUAUAAUUGUUGUUUAGGCACAUAUAUUUUAUAUUCGAUUAUAUUGUUGCGAGAUUGAAAUCUUUUUUGAUCAUGUAUUUUGAUAAUCAUGAGUAUGCUGUUUUUGAAUGGUUUGAUAUUAUAUGUUUCAAUAUACAAUAAAGUUAUACAUAUUUCA